UGAGGCUUCAUGUAUUGUAUAGGCUAUUUAGUCAUGUCCAGCAAUAACACACACGUUGAAUGUUCCAGAAGACUCUUCACAAGUCAACCGGUAAUACGGAAAAAAAAGAAUACAGGAGAGCAAGAGCGCAAGUAAUCCAGUUUUACCCACACGUUCCGCGCAUUCACGCUGAGAUAAGGCUUCAAAUGGCACAGACUGGACCAACUGGUCCAACAAGGAGGAGAACGAGGGAGGAAACUAAGAAGAGGAAAUUCUGGGUGCCACUGAGAGUGAAACCUGGAAUGAAGUAAAGAAACAAAGAGAAGUCAGACAAGAGGAGGAGCAGGAGACUGAAGAAGUAGGGCGUGCGUAUGAGUGACCUGUUCUGUUUAUUUGUGCGGCUGCCCGUGUAUUUUGUGCGAAGCUGUGAUAAAACGCCACUUCAACUCGCACAAGCAAGCGGUAUAUGGAAUACGAUACUCGGAUCAAACUCCUGCCCUGGACGGCCACUGAGUGACAUUGAACCUACCACCACAGGGCAAAACAUUCCUGCACAAUGAGUGAUGAGAGAGAGAGAGCGAAUGACCAUGGCAGCCAAGGGGCCAAGCUCAAACAGCUGCUGAAUGAAAAACCCAAAGCCGAAAGCAAGGGCAAAGCCAGCGGCAGGCCAGGGCGAGAGAGAGAACGAGAGAGGAAGGGAGUCGGCCGCAGCAGGAGCAGCGAUGCUGAGAGGAGAGGGAGGGAGGCCAGGCAGAGGGGAGACUAUGAGAGGGACAGAGGGGAGAGGAGGGAGCGAGGAAGAAGCGAGGAUGGGAGAGAGAGAGAGAAGGAGGGCCAAAGGGGCUCUGCCGAAGAAGGGGACGAUGUGGGGGACACUGAGUGCGUGGUGUGUUUCUGCACCUACGAUAACAUCUUCAAAACACCCAAGCUUCUGUCCUGUGGCCACACUUUCUGCCUGGAGUGCCUCGCUCGCAUCAAUGUGUCCUCACCCGAGAUCAAAUCCCUGACCUGCCCUGUGUGCCGAGAACUCACCGAUCUGCCCCACGGCCGAGACCUGCCACAUCUGGGCACCAACCAGGAUAUAUUCCGCAAGCUGCCCCCCGAUAUGCAGAGAGCGCAGUCUGUGCGCUUCAAGCGCAGCAAGGGAAAACUGGUCCUGAAGAAGCCCCUGGCUGGCACCCACAGCAGCUCCAAGCCCAGCCUCACCCUCCCCACCUUCAAGAAGAAGGUGCAGGAGGGGCCACUGGGUGAAAGGGGUGCCAGCCUGGAGCUUGGCCACACCCAGGCCACCAUCGUGGACGUGGGGCGGCCCCCCAGCAGGGUUAGGGGUCGCAUGCGGCAACUCUUUCGCUCUGACCAGUGCUACUAUGCUGCGGUGGCGGCCAUUAUCACAGUGGCGGUGGCCCUGAUGCUGGUGGGGAUCCUGGCAUUUGUGGUGGUGCCCAAUGUUGCAAACCAUGGGGCCCAUAGGCCCCCACCAGAAAACAAUACCUUUCCAUAAAAUGGGAAAAACAGUGGACCCUGAAUGGGUUGGGAAAGAAUGGAGGAAAGAGGUGUAAUCUUUACAGAAGAGGCCAAUAGAAUGGAAAGUCUGGGUUGAAUGCCUAAUCUUUUCAUGGACUGUUUUAACUUUAUCUUGAACACUUCCAUACCUAAGCUCUUACAAUAAGAAUUCGGCAACCAGUGAACACCCAAGGAACACCUGCAAUUUAAGUACUGUGAAUAUAUUUACUGUGACAUUUUGGCAAGAUGUAAGAGAACUGAAUAUGUAUACCAUAAUGUCAGAUUUAAAAACAACUUUAACAUUAAGAAAAUGUAUAAAAGUAGACAUGCAGAAAUACAACUAAUGCUGAAAAGGUUUGAGGGAUAUUUUUUUCUUAAGACCAAAGCAAUGUAUUCUUUUUUAAUUCCUAUUACUUGACUGGGUAUUGUCUUUCUUUGGUGAAAUUCUACUUGAGUUUAAAAAGGAAACAUGAUCUUAUUUUAAGAGUUUCCAGAACACUUAACUAUAGGAAAAAUGACUGGAGAAAAAACAGUUCACGCCCUUUGAGAAUGCUGAGAAUCAAGUUUUCCUAAAUUCACGAGACUCCGUACACUGCUCUUCCUCUUUUCAUUCACUGAUAUGUUCUGCACUUGUACAUAUUUAAAUACAACUACAAAACUGAGAUAAUUGAAAAUAUUGUAUUUGUCUGACAAAAAUAAAAAGAUUUGAAUCUGG